CUGACCUGAAGGCUUUCUUUGCUCAGAAGCUCAGAUCACUGCCCUGGACCCUCACUGUUUUCAUUGCCUGGGGAGUCCAAGAAGCACAAUGAACAGUUGCCCUCCUAUAUCUGUUGCACGUUAGCCGUGGAUUUGGGAGGGAACUGGGGGCUCUGGCUGUCCUCCCUAAUAAACUGUUCACAGGCCACUAAAUAGCCUUGUUCUCCAUUUUAACCUUUAAUAUUUUCUCCAGGGCUAUAUAUGAAUCUGGUCUGGGUCUUGUGAGUGUUUCAAAAUUGUUGGACCUUCCUCUGGGAACAUUCUUCAAUUCUUUGACCAUCUUUUGAACACACAUUCUAUUCCAAACAUGAUCUAGUGCUGGGAAUCCAGCCAGGAACCUAUUUCUUUCCUCAGGGAGCUCACAAUAUAGCAAAAGUAACAAUUUUAACAGGCAGUUACAAUACGAGGAGAUACGUGCUGCCAGAGAAAGUGCCAGACGUCAUGAGGACAUUAAUAAACACUAUCUAGCCCAACCUGGAGGCUCAGGGAGAGCUUCCUGGAAGAAAGGAGUGUAGGCUAAGUCCUGAGGAUAAGUGGGGGCUAGCCAGGCACCAGGAAACUGGGAGCAGCCUGUGCAGAGGAGAAAGACCAGCUCAGGGAAGAGCAGAAAGCAGUUGGGGAUGACAGAGCCAAGGAAUGCAUCAAGGGGGGGAGGGGAGACGAGAGGCAGGAAGCCAGACCUGAUCCCAAGAAGCUGGACCGCCCCAGCAAGGUGGAUGGGCUUGAGGUGGAGGGCCAUGCAGUCCACUGGGUGACAGUCAUAUUUGUGUUCUAGCAAAACUGCUACGUGUCGACAGGGAGGACAGGCUGUAGGAGAGCAAGAACAACUCAAGAGGAUGCACAGUGAAGGCAGGAGGGGGGCAGACAGCAGAGAAAAACAAGACACCUUCCAGAGAUGUUAUAGUAGAAUUGAGAGGACGUGGAAUCACACAGGCCUAAAAGCUGGGAACAAAGAUGAAGUCGAGACAGGGGUUCGGGCUCAGGGACCAGAGUGGAUGGUAGUUCCAUGCACAGAGAUGGAGACCAGGAGGGCCAAGGGCUGGAAGUCGUCCAGGGGGAGAUACAAGGUAGGUGUGGAGCUCUAGCAAGGACCCUGGGCGAGGCAUGAGAAAGCCCCUCCCUUUCCCCUGGGACAGGUGGCCCUGAACACGGAGGGCAUGGGAGGUGGAGAAAAGCCUGUGAGGGGCAGGAAAGUGGCUCCCAACAGCAAAAAGAGGGAGUGCCCCAAAUCCAAGGUCAAGGCAGGAAGGUGAUUGUUCUGAGAGAAAAGUCUCCAGCACUCAAAGCUGCACAGAAGUGAAGUAAGAUAAAACCUGAGCAGAACUGGUAGGGUUUAUCAGCAAAGGGACUGCUGGUGACUUUGGGGAAAGCGGUAUCAGCGACUUGGAGAGAAGCGAGGUCACAGGGGAGCAGCAGGUAAGUGGAGAGAAUCUUAAGGACGUCUGUACAUUAAACAAUCACGAGAAAGAUUCUGGCUGUGAGUGGGGCUAAGGGGUUGGAAAGAAGGUGUUAAGGUGAGAGAGACCUGUUAAAGGCUGGUGGUGGGGGAGAAAGAGGCUCAUGACCGAAGAGCAGGGUCAGAGCAGGGGACGAUGGGAGACAUGGGGCCAAGACCCCAGCACAGUCAGGAGAGGUCUGAGACAAGAAGAGGGACAGGAGAGAAGGCAAGUGUGAGGGGAUCAAAGGCAGGAGGUGAAUUGUGGAUGCUGUGACACAGGACAUGGGAGGGGAGGGGAGGGGAAACAAAGACCUCUACGAGGUCAGCUGGGCUGGGGUGCAGACUGGACAUCAGAAGCCAACAGCAUGAAGGUGGUGAUGGUCACCCUGGAUGAGGGUGCACAACGAAGACUGCAGGCACGGACACCUCCACGGAGGUGGUCAGGAGGGGCCCUCCCCGGCCACAGUGCGACCUGCAGGCUCCUUGGAGAGGCUGCAGACUGAGGUCCCAGGAACACGGAGGAGGGGGCGCGGCACCUGCUGAAGACCAGGCUUAGUGACCAGCUCUGUACUAAACAGGAAGACACUGGCUGCCUUGCCUCAGUCCUCAGAACACUGUGGUCAGGCACGUGCUCCCGGCUAGUGGACCAGAGGAGCCCUCUGUGGGGAAACUAACCACAGUGCAAGUCCCGCAGGAUCCCGGCCACGAAACGCACGUUGGGUGACAGGCCCAAACUCACAGUUUUCUGUCAGCGUCUUAAGUACAAAUAGACCACGAAGAACCACCAUACCCUCAGGUACCCUGGAGGAGUAGAGGCGGAGCGGGCCGUCCAGAACUCGGCACCCACAGGACAGGAAGGGACACACAAAACAGGGCAAAAGCUGGAAGCGCUGGGAAUGCUCUUUAAGACGAUAGCAGGAAAACUUGAAAAGAUCAGAGAGCAGAGUUGAGAAAUUCUCCUGGAAAGUGUAACCAAAAAUGAACGAGGAACCAAGAAAGGAAAUAGCAAAAUUCUAAGAUCGUGUUAGUAACCUCGGAAUGAGAAACAGUGGGGAGAAACUGACCAAAGAGAGCAACUAAGAAAACAUCCCAGAACUGGAAAAGGGUCCACCGGGUACUUGGGAAGGGCCCAUCUUGAGUGGAAUGGCUCCCGCCAAGGCGCAUCAUGGUGGGUUACGGCUCUCGGGGAUCGAGAGUGCCCAGGUAGCCGGUGGGGGACAGAGGGGGACACAUGAUGCUGGUUUCUCAGCAGCGGUGGCCCAGCUGAACCAGCUUGGAGCAAGGACUCGGGCUUUUUGGAAAAACCAUUUCCACCAGAAGUGCACCCUGCCAACCUGCCAGUCACUGUGAAGGGAGGGCCCAAGCAUUUGCAGAACUUCUGGAGGUUCAUAUUCCGGAAGAAUCUGCCACCGACUUCCCUCUGUCAGAUGGACUUUGCUGUUCUGGGCCUCGGGGAUUCCUCUUACGCCAAGUUCAAUUUCGUGGCCAAGAAGCUGCACCGACGGCUGCUGCAGCUUGGGGGCAGCGCCCUCCUGCCUGCGUGCCUGGGAGAUGACCAGCAUGAGCUGGGGCCCGACGCUGCUAUUGACCCCUGGCUGCACGCUCUGUGGGAGAAGGUGCUGGGGCUCUACCCGGUGCCCCCUGACCUUGGCGUGAUCCCCCCCGGAGUCCCUUUGCCCUCCAAGUUCACCCUCCGCUUCCUUCCGGAGGCCCCCAAGAUGUGCUCUGAGGAGCAGCAUGUGGCCGGUGCAGAUCCCCCAGGUCCCCCUUCAGAGCAGCAGCCCUUCCUGGCACCCAUGGUCACCAACCAGAGGGUCACCAGCCCCUCUCACUUCCAGGACGUACGGCUGAUCGAGUUUGACAUCACAGGCUCUGGGCUCAGCUUUGCAGCUGGCGACGUGGUGCUGAUCCGGCCCCAGAACCAGGCCAGCCACGUCCAGCAGUUCUGCAGGGUGCUGGGCCUGGACCCCGACCAGUACUUCACGCUGCUGCCCCGGGAGCCAGGUGUCCCCUGCCCCACGCAGCUGCCCCAGCCCUGCUCCGUGAGGCACCUCGUGUCCCACUACCUGGACGUCGCCAGUGUGCCCCGCCGUUCCUUCUUCGAGCUCCUGGCCUGUCUCUCUCCCCACGAGCUGGAGCGGGAGAAGCUGCUGCAAUUCAGUGCCCCCCAAGGUCAGGAGGAGCUGUAUUCGUACUGCAACCGGCCUCGCAGGACCGUCCUGGAGGUGUUAUGUGACUUCCCACACACGGCUGGAGCUGUUCCCGCAGACUACCUGCUGGACCUCAUCCCCCCGAUCCGCCCGCGGGCCUUCUCCAUUGCCUCCUCUCUGCUGGCUCACCCCUCGAGGCUGCAGAUUCUCGUCGCUGUGGUGCAUUACCAGACGCGCCUCAAAGAGCCCCGCCGGGGCCUCUGCUCCUCCUGGCUGGCGUCUCUGGAUCCUGGGCGAGGGCCUGUCCAGGUGCCUCUGUGGGUGCGGCCCGGGAGCCUGACCUUCCCGGAGACACCGGACACACCUGUGAUCAUGGUGGGUCCCGGCACCGGUGUGGCCCCUUUCCGAGCAGCUGUCCAGGAGCGGGUGGCCCGGGGUCAGACCGGAAACUUCCUGUUCUUCGGCUGCCGCUGGCGCGACCAAGACUUCUAUUGGGAAUCUGAGUGGUUGGAGCUAGAGAGGAAGGGCUGCCUGACCCUCUUCACAGCCUUCUCCCGGGAACAGGAGCGGAAAGUGUACGUGCAGCACAGGCUCCGGGAGCUCGGGCCGUUGGUGUGGGAGCUGCUGGACCGCCGAGGCGCCUACUUCUACCUGGCGGGCAAUGCCAAGGGCAUGCCGGCAGAUGUGUCAGAAGCCCUGACGUCCGUCUUCCAGGAGGAGGGUGGGCUCUCCGGCCCUGAUGCAGCCAACUACCUUGCCAGGCUCCAGCGGAUGAUGCGUUUCCAGAGUGAGACGUGGGCCUAAGAAGCCAUCCUGCCAGCCUUGGCCACUCUAAAUGCUGCCCUCUGGGGGGCUACUGUCACCUUCCACCCUGUCCCCUGCACAGCCUCACUUCAGUCAACCUGGGGUCCUAUACCCAGUCCUGACAUCGCUGCUCACUCACCACCCCACCCCUGCCCCCAUCCAGGGUUGCAGGCUACUGCCGGCCUUUCCCCACUGGCCCCAGCUUGGGUCCUGGUCAGCAUGGUCCCUGGGCUGCCCCACCCUGCAUAAGGACGGGGCCCCAGGAAGGAACGGGCAGCCUGAUGGGCAUCAGGGGCUCCCCGGACACCAGCUUCCAGACAGCAUGCGAGCCCGGAGAGCCUUCUGAGGUUGUCCCAGGGGACAGCAGUUUCCCAGUCCCCCUCUGCCACAUCUCUGUGCCCACCCACAAAGUACAUGGUGCUGUCGCAGGGCCUCGCAGGGCCAGGGCUAGGGCUGGAAGGCAGGACCAGAGGAGACCCCCAGCUAGCACACUCUUUCCUCACCCUGUUCCUGGAACACCUCCGUAAUAAACUGUGGGCUCUUGUUGGCUGUUUCUGA